ACCCCACAUCCUCAAAACCUACUUAUUCUUGCAUAUUUCUCUGUCUUCUAUAGAGCAAACAAGAAAUGGGAGCUACAAAACUCAUCAUUUCAGCUCUUCUCCUCCUCCUCUUCCUCUUCAUCUCUACCUCCAAUGCCACACCCGGCAAGAAACUCCGGGCACGCCACCGCCCAUGUAAAAGGCUGGUGUUUUACUUCCAUGACAUCAUUUACAAUGGAAAGAAUGCCAUGAAUGCAACCUCAGCAAUUGUAGGUGCGCCUGCAUGGGCCAAUAAGACCCUUUUGGCAGGCCAAAACCGUUUUGGUGACUUGAUUGUGUUCGAUGACCCAAUCACCUUGGACAACAAAUUGCACUCACCACCCAUUGGGCGAGCUCAAGGGUUUUAUAUAUAUGACAAGAAAGAUAUAUUUAGCGCUUGGGUUGGUUUUUCCUUUGUUUUCAACUCUGCUCAGCGAAAGGGUUGCAUCAACUUCGCUGGAGCGGACGGCCCGUUGUUGCAGAAGACGAGGGAUAUCUCGGUAAUCGGCGGCACCGGUGACUUCUUCAUGGCUCGAGGGGUGGCCACUUUGAUGACUGAUGCAUUUGAAAACCAAGUAUACUUCCGGCUUCGUGUUGAUAUUAAGUUGUAUGAGUGUUGGUAACAAGACUUACAAUAUCUUAUCUUUGUUUCUUUGUUUUUGUUUUUGAACCUUUGGGAGAAAAUACAUGAUUCCACUUGGGAUCCGGUCCCCAAAGGUUUAUGUGUGUUUGUCCUUCCAAGUUUGGAGUGUUAAGAGUUCUAAUUAAGAGUUUGAUCAUUGUAAUGAAUGUUCAAAAAGUAUGUUAUCAUUGUAAUAAAAAUGUUUUAAAAGAAUGUCAUCAAAUAUUUUUA